AAGACGGAAGGUGGCGCUAUCUAAAUAUCAGGGAUACAAAAAAACACAGAAGAAAAAGAUUACAACCGUUUUCUUUUGCAGGAAAUGUGUAAUAAUAAAGAUAAACAAAAACACUAGUGAGACCGUUUUCGCCAAUUUAUGGAAUUGUUAGAAAAUGAACGGCCAGGCUGAUAUGGACGUGGAUUACAAGCGAAAAUACAAAAACCUGAAGCGGAAACUGAAAUUUCUCGUUUACGAGCAGGAAUGUUUCCAGGAGGAGUUGAGGAGGGCGCAAAGGAAACUGCUCAAGGUGUCCAGAGAUAAGAGCUUUCUGUUAGAUAGACUGUUGCAGUAUGAGAGAGUCGACGAAGAUUCAUCUGAUUCUGAGGCCACAGCUUCCUCAGAUAACAGUGAGGGGGAAGGACUGAAGGACAGAGAGCGGGAAGGUGUUAAAAAGAGGAGAGGCAGCCCUGGCAUUCCCCCCCUCGCCUCGUCUUCAUCGCCUCAUCUCUCCCUUCUUUCUCGCCCUGGGAUGAAUCCUCUCCAGCCUGCAGCAUCCACACCCUACCUCAGUACUCUGCCCUUCCCCCCAGAGUAUUUGGCCCCCUCCGCUGAACGAGGGAAGAAAGAGAGAAAGGCAAAGACGACCAAACACAAGAAAGACUCUGCGGGGAAGGCUGUGGGCGCUGCAACUUCUAACUACCCCUCUUCUGCGGCUUCCCCGGCCCCCUCUGGCGCCCCCUUCAGCUGGGUGCCCAGGCAGAUGCUGAGUGGAGACGCACCAGAGGACGAGGGGGAGAGUGAGGGAGACAGCGACAGGGCUGAGGAGGAGAGGGGCGAGGGAGAGGAGGCCGAGCUGGUCAUCGACAUUCCCAACGAGUGACGACCCAUAGAGCACAAGAUUGGAUUAUUUUUUAUUUCAUUCCUUUUUAUUGUAAUUGAAUUUAACACCGAAAAGGUCAAAUAAACCCACUAUUUCAAAUCA